GUGGCGGCCCCGCAGCCGCCAGCCUUGGUCGGCGUGGCGCGAGGGUGGGCGGGGGAACGCCCGAUGGGGACGGAGGGGAGGGGGAGCUGCGACAACGGCCGCCGGCCGCGAAGCUGCUGAGUUCGCUAGCAGUGCUGUUCAGAGUUUGGUUGGAGUGAGAGCGGAGUUUGUGCUGCCAGUGAAGCUCGGGAGCCGAGUGGGCAAAAGUCUUCAUCGAUCGGUGGGUUGUCUGAAUCUUAGGUGUGGAUCGCCGGACCUGUCACCUUCGACCCAAGCUCAUCCAGAUCCAGUCGGCCGGGGGCCGGCUAGAGAGCUGCUCUGGUAGCUGGAAUACCUGCAGAUAGGACGACGAAUCAAGAAAGAAAGCGGCCAUGUCGGACCUGUGGCGCGGCUCGGUGCUCUUCUCGUGGGGCUGUGUGGCCACGGCCGUGCUGCGGCUGAUGCGCGCCUCCUGGCACGCCCGCGAGGAGCCGCUCGACUGGGCGGCGCUCCUCCGCUGGAGUCUGCUGGUCGCACCGCUCGCCGGCGUCGCUGCCAUUAUCGUCGGUCUGGCGUACCCGCUGUUCGAUCGGUGGCUCAACUCCCAGCCGGCGUCAGGCCGCGACUGGGCCUCCGUCACGCGCUGUCUGGCCCUCUUCGUCGGCAUCAACCACGCCAACAGCCGGUUCCACUUUGCCACGGACGCCGAGCUGGCCUGGACGCUGGCGCUGCUCAGCCUGGCGCUCUGGUGGACGUUCGACCGCACCACGUGCGGCUUUGUGAUCGCCUCGCUGGCGGCCGCUGUGGCGCACGUGGUCGCCUAUUAUCUGGUGCUGCGAAUCGUCUUUAGUGGGACGUCACUGGAGCUGUCGCGGCUGAAGGCCUGGUUCCCGUUUGUCGCCUUCUCUGCCGGUAUCACCAUUGGCAGCGUGGGAAGACAGCUGGCCGAACCUCCCCAGCAGCGGGAAAAACUCCACAAGGACUGAAGGAGCUGAACCUUCAGCAACCGGACGACGUCGCGGAUCUUUCAGAGACGGGACGAAACGUCAGAACGAGCCAGUACCUACCCUUUUGUGCGAUAUAUGCGGUUGUGACAAAUUGAUCGAUGAUGUUUUGUUGAGAUGACAGACGCUUGUAACUAGCUUCAUGAUGAUGUGAGACGCCUUCGCAAAGGGUGAAUGUUUGAUCUAAGGGUAAGACGGAGUCGUGCGCGAGUUGACGCACACUGUCGUGAAGGUGCCGCGCAACAACAGGGUAGGACCGUCACUAGAUGGUCUGCUAGUGACCUGUGCAAUCCUUGUGUGGGGGCUGCAGGACAAUCAGCACUGGCUGAUGUGUCAUAGCCUGCCAUGCGUGUCUCAAACCUGCGCCGAUCUCGAUGGAAGACGGCGAGUUGGGCGCAGGAUAACCGGCGCUAUAGACUGCUGUGAUAGUUGGUGGGCGAUGUUGCUCAGACUCUGGCUCUCCUGUUGAGGAGGGGGGGGGGGGGGAGGGGACGACCUGCCGCGUGCUGAAACCCAUUCUUGAUGCCCAUGUCGUUCUAGAUCGGGGAGGUAUGGGUGUGUUUUUAUACCUCAUUUUGUUUGUAUCGUUUUGUCAACUGCCAGGGGCUAAGGCCACUUGCCGGCCACAAUGUCGUCGAUAUUAGUUGUUGUGUGCAGUGUUUGUCGUUUUACUUUGGAGGAUCGUCUGUGUCGCAUCAUUGCCCGCCAGAUGUCCAGCAACCUAAGGUGCCUGGGUGCUGGGCGGUUACGUGCCGCGCCGGCUCGCGCUGCGCCUGCGAGCCGCGCAUAUGGUGGAGAGAUGGAAACCCCGGCCAGUGGACACGCCGUAACGUGUGGUUGCCAGAAAGUGCUGUGCUCGCUAGGUGGCGGGUAAUAAGGUAGUCGUGGGAGUCAAUAUAUGACCGAAUGGCGAAUA